CGCUGCGCAUGUCACGACUGAUCUAGAACACAUAGUCGAGGAGAUCGGAAGACCGGCAGCUGGUUACCGGCUAUCUAGGCUCGGGACCCCGCAAGAUCGGGAUCGGGGGGUGAGCUCCCGGGAAGGGGUGAACCCUCCCCAGCCUCUCCUGCUCCGCGAUCGCCUGCCAGACGGGAGCUUCCAACUCCUUUUCCACCCCUCAGGGCCUCCCCGGGGAGUCCAGGGCGGGUGUGGACGGGACCGACGUGGAGCCGGUUUUGGAGCACAGACGGGCAGCCCCGGCGGGCUUCCUGCGGGGAGGGGGCACGCCCAGCCGGCGGAUGCAGCCCGAGCUCCCGGGGCUUGGCGGAUCCGGCUCGGGGCGGAGCUGUUCCCAGCGGUGGUGAGAGGAGGCUCAGCAUGGACCCCUUGCAGCGCCCAGCCGCCUAGGGCCAUCCGUACCGCUCACUUCCGAGCUGCGCUCCCCUUGGAGCCGAGGGCAGGCGCCCCGCUGCGGGGCCGAGAGUUCCGGGCUGGGCAGGAGGCGCUGUCCGCGGUGCUGAGCAACGCGCCCUGGGAGAGCACCCGCCGCCGCGCUCACUCGAAUCGCUUCCUGCCCAAACCUGCCCCGGCCCUCACACCCUGCAAAGACUUGCCCAGCGAGCCCCCAGGCCUGCCUUUCAGUUCGAAAGUCGCCCCCUGGGGGGGCAGUUCAUCCCAAAGGGUUUCCUCGAAAGUCUCCAAGAGGGCGCAGUUCCUGACCGAGGGAAAUCUCUGCUUAGCCCCGGAGCCCGCCCGCGGAAGGAAGAUGCCUGCCUUCAACAGAUUGCUUCUCCCGGCUUCCCUCGUGCUGGUCGUCUGGGUCAGCAGCUGUGUCCAGGUGUGUGUGGAAGUGCCCUCAGAGACCGAGGCCGUGCAGGGCUUCCCCAUGAAGCUGCGCUGCAUCUCGUGCAUGAAGAGGGAGGAGGUGGAGGCCACCACGGUGGUGGAGUGGUUCUACAGGCCCGAGGGCGGUAAAGACUUCCUUAUCUACGAGUACCGGAAUGGCCACCAGGAGGUGGAGAGCCCCUUCCAGGGCCGCCUGCAGUGGAAUGGGAGCAAAGACUUGCAGGAUGUGUCUAUUACUGUGCUCAACGUCACCCUGAAUGACUCUGGCCUCUACACCUGUAACGUGUCCCGGGAGUUUGAAUUCGAGGCCCACCGCCCCUUUGUAAAGACCACACGGCUGAUUCCCCUGCGGGUCACUGAAGAGGCUGGAGAGGACUUCACCUCUGUGGUCUCUGAAAUCAUGAUGUACAUCCUCCUGGUCUUCCUCACCUUGUGGCUGCUGAUCGAGAUGAUCUAUUGCUACAGGAAGGUCUCCAAGGCCGAAGAGGCUGCUCAAGAAAAUGCGUCCGACUACCUAGCCAUCCCAUCUGAGAACAAAGAGAAUGCAGCUGUGCCAGUGGAGGAAUAGAGUGAUAAAGGUGGCCUGCACAGAGGGGCCGGAUGACCCUGGUUCACUGCAGUCAGCAGAGGGUGCCCCGGGGUGCCCUUUAUGAGUCACCCUUCUGACCCUUCAUCACACAUCCACUCAGCUCUGAACUUCCACUUCCGACUCCCUAACUCCAUCAGACUUCUCUACACCUCAAGACUUGGCCAGAACCAGCCAGCAUUUCCAUGUGGAUUCCACCUCACCUUCUUCUAGCCGUCAAGUAUGCAGCGCCCAUGGACUUCUCCCGUGCUCCACAGGGCUGGGUCAGAGCUGGCACUGCUGUACCUCCCUCUGCCCCUAACUGGCCAGAGCCAGGUCAUUCUCCAUUGCUGCCAAGGAGCUGAUGUCUCAGUGAGGGGAAAAGAGUGACUGGUUCCUAUUAAGCCAAAAAAGGUCAUGAUCUCGAAUUAUACGAAGUCUGUGUUUCCAAGUUCCUGGUCCACUUGGUCCAUCAGAGCAAGCAAGUCUGUCUAGCUUCUGCAGUGAGAGAAAGAAAGUUCACAAGCAUGGACUGGAACGUUCUCUGGCACUUAGUACCCAGGGACUCCGAAGUCCCUGUAGGUCAGUCUUUCAAGAACCCAUGGGCAGAUCUGAAAAGGAUAGGAUGCAGUAAUUUAAAGUCACUCUUCAAAGGUGCACACUUUCUUCCAGGUCCUGAGGAGGUAACAUAUCUGUUAUCUGUCCCCAUUCAGCCCCUCACGUGAAGGGGCACACUUGUGAGCUUGCUGGGGUGUUUGCUUUCUGUGUACACCAGAGCUGGAAUUCCCAAGUUCUUCCUCUUAGAUUUUCUGUGGACCAGUAUUAUUCCUCACUAUACAGGAGGUGUGAGGCUCAGACAAGGCUCCACUGAGCAAGAGGCAUCAGAGGACAAACUGGAGCAGAGAUAUGUCUGUGGUGCUGCCCAGUUUUUGUUUCCCAGGAUGGGAUGCUUUUGAUCUGGGCACUGGGCUUAGCCAUGGCCUCUGUCACAAGCAGAGGUUGGGGAGGAUGAGCUCACUGAGGUGAAUUCUGAUAGAUUCGGGUGACUAGAAAUGGUCUGCCAGACAGAAGACAUGAAGUUGAUUUGCAAAAUUUUCUUAGUGAAAAGAUUUGUGAACUGGAAAGGCCUUCCUGGAGAAGACUACAUUUGGGAAUAUUUAAAUUAAGAACCUUGCUUUUUUGUUUGAGGUGGAUGGUGAGAGAAUGAAGUGAUGGGGAGAGGGAAGGCUAGGUGACUUCUAAAACUUUACGUAAGUAUCCAAGCCUAACCCUCCUCCCGCCUCCCCAGAUGAUGGGAUAGAAGAGGACAGUGGUAAAAACUUAGUCACUCAUUUGACGCUGAGUGGCUGGUCCAAGGGUGAUGUCCUUCAGCAUCUAGUGAUGAGAAGGGAGGAGUUCUGAACAGGACAUGAGAAGAUGGGAGUGACUGGGACUCACUGAGUGGGACGGUCCCCGGGUGUGGGGUAAUCGUGGGGUAGGGGGAGUCAUAUCCUGUGGGUCCCUUCUGACUAAUUCUUUUUAUCACUUCAUCCAUGAAACUGAAGUCCUCAUUAGCAUAUUGUAGAGACUGACUUCACUGAAGAAAACACUCUCAAUAAAUCCAAGACCCUUCUCUUUGGUAACCCGAGCUCUCUGAGAUCGGGGACAGAGUACAGAGUGUGCACGGCACAGCUGGUGGACUGCAGGGUCUGUAGUGGGAAGAAACAAGCUGCUCACUGCCACUCGGCCGUCCUCCUGUUUCCUGUAGACUAUGCAUCCAACUUGUGAUCAAGUCAUAUGCAUGCUUCCUCCCCACUUUCUACAAAGUCCAACCCAGAUGAGAAAUAGUGAUUCUGAGCAGAGCUGAACUGUGGCUGUCUUUUAAAACACCUUUUGCAAGCAGUCUUUUCCAUCCUGCUUUUCUGAUUCCUUAGCUCUUCCAUCUCCCAUGCCUUUAUCAGAGCUCUAUAGCCCUUUGAGGGAGGUGGCUGUUAUCAUAAGCAUAUUACAAGCGAAGACACUGAGGCUCGGAAGCGAGACAGUGCUGCCUGACUCUUAAGUGCGUGCAGCUGCCAGGUGGCUAAUGCCCAGUGCUCGCUGAGUUCUCGCUCCUUAGACAACAACUGUUUGCACCCCCCCCCCCCUUUUUAACUUCCAGCUAAUCUUUUCCUCCCUAGUCUGGCCUGGGAUGUCCAGCCUCUCUCACCUUUAACCCCAGUGACUGCCACUGUCGCCUUGCUUCCUGGAAGAUGCUUAGUGGUGCUUGGGGAGGCACUUUCAUGCCGGGUCCCCCCUUUAGUUGGUAUGUCACUUUUAUUUCUCCUAAACUGCAAAUAAGCUCCUUCCUGGGAGACUUGAUCAUGACACUAAGUCUACAAGGUUCUGUGACCACCAGCUUAUGUCCAGUCCUUGCCCGCCCCCUUGUUUCCACUCCUGUUCCUACAAAGAGCCCCAACUCCAUGCACAGUGGCCUGGAGGACUGAUCUGGCAUGCUGCUCUUCUUAAAGGGCUGAGAAAUGCUUUCAAGGGCUAUUACCACUUAGGAACCCCCUCUGCUCUCUGGUGCUGGACCCUUCCCAUGACCAGGUCAUAAUAACACAGCUCACUAAUGGCUACGCUAGACCAGGUCUGAUGGCCUCUCUCCUGCUGCUUAACAGCCAUGGACUCAACUGGCCUCGUGAGCACACUGCCCUCUGACCUUUACUAUCAACUCAGCCUUGUACCCCAGUCCCAGUCUCUGCAUGGAAAUGCCUGUCCUGCACAGCACAGCCUGUAGACAUGGUGUCUUUCCCGUUCUCUAUGCCCAAAACAGUCACACAUUUAGACUUUGGACUCUUUAGAGUCUCUCCCCAGAUGACAAACUAGAAAUGCUAGCAGGAAAAGGGAUUUUUCAAAACAUGAAUAUGCUUCAGCUUUGUAUGGCAUCAUUAAUGGUUAAGAAAAAAAGUAAAACACACACACACACACACACACACACACACACACACACACACACACACACACACACGUGAACAGAAAUCAACAAGGGAAAAAUACCCAUGUCAGUCGUGUGGCCCCCUUGACAUAGCCAGAGAGGCAAUUGCAUCUCGGUCGGGAAGAACAGCAAGAGGGGGACUAAUGCUUCAGAAUGCACCUUGGUUCCCCUCUCCCAGGCUUCCAUUUCCAGGGGAAUGGAGACAUGAGACCAUCACAAAGUGGGGACUCCUUAACCCAGUGCAUUCAGGUAGCUUUGCUGUGCUCCUCACCCCCUCCCCAUUCACACUUCAUCUCAGCUCCUUCCCCCACCACCCCAUGUCAGAAAAAAAAAAAAAAGAAGAAAUCAUCAAGCCUUUCCUGCUCUCAGAAACUCCACCAGGUAGCUCUCAGGAGGACUUGAAGCAAGCCUGAGCUGUAGACCAGACCCCACUGUAUCCCAGUCAGCUGAGCCUCAAAGCUAGGAGCACCCCCCACCCUAUUCUCCAGUCCCCAUGAAUCUGGAGCCACAUCUCCUGGGCAGUGUGUGCACACUGGGAGGGGCCCCCAAAACCAAGUGCUCUUGGUCUCUGAGGCGUCCUCAAGAUAGAGAGCAAACCCACAGCCUCACUGUCACCUCCAUGUGGCUUUUCCAUGAUUUCUCACAGGCAGCCCUUUCCUCAGCUCUAGAACUGUCCUGACUACUGCGUUCUUCACUGUCUAACAUCUGUCUGUUCUCAGCAAACUCCCUGUUGACAUCAAUAAAACGUCUCUAAGUGUG